GAAACAGCAUUUCGCUCAGAGGCAGCUCUCUCUGUCCACUGGGUGAGGUCCAGCCUGUCACCUGACCUGCUCUGGAGCUGCUGCCGGUGGCAUCUGGCUGCAUUCCUGGGAUUCUUUCACCAGGCACUGGCACCGCAAUGAACAGCUUCAGGUUCACUGCGCUGAGUGGAUUCCGCUCGCUGUGCCCUGGGAGUCCGCUGCCUGAACCCUCCUGCCCAAACCAACAGCUAAGUAAGAGCAAGCGCGCCUUGGGGAGUAGCAUGCAGAGAGUGUCAAAGAAGACCUCAACGUCUGGAGAAAAAUGAUCUUUCAAGGAAUACAAAGCAUACCUCCUGCUACAUGUUUUUGCCUUACUAACCUCUGAUAUCCGGACGCAUGGCCCUGGGCCUACACAAAGUCCAUUGACCAUCAGACUCCUCACCAUGCAUCACCUGUUCAGACUGGUCUUGGGACAAAAAGAUCUUUCCCGAGCCGGGGACCUCUUCUCCUUGGAUGACUCUGAGAUUGAAGACAGCCUGACAGAAGCUUUGGAGCAAAUUAAAAUCAUUAGCUCAUCUUCAGAUUACCAAACCAACAACAAUGACCAGGCCGUGGUUGAGAUCUGCAUCACAAGAAUCACAACAGCCAUCAGAGAGACAGAGUCCAUUGAAAAGCACGCGAAGGCCCUCGUAGGGCUCUGGGACUCCUGCCUGGAGCACAACCUGAGACCCUCCGGGAAAGACGAAGACACCCCCCAUGCAAAAAUCGCCUCUGAUAUCAUGAGCUGUAUUUUACAGAAUUACAACCGGCCCCCUGUGAUGGCACUAGCCAUCCCCAUUGCAGUGAAAUUCCUCCACAGAAGCAACAAAGAACUGUGCAGGAAUAUGUCCAACUACUUGUCCCUGGCUGCAAUCACCAAGGCGGAUCUCCUGGCUGAUCACACAGAAGUCAUAGUGAAGAGCAUACUCCAAGGCAACACCAUGUUGUUGAGGGUAUUACCUGCUGUGUAUGAAAAGCAGCCUCAGCCAAUUAACAGACACCUGACGGAACUCCUGGCCUUGAUGUCGCAGCUGGAGCAGCCAGAGCAGUACCAUCUCCUGCGGCUUCUGCACGUAGCCGCGAAGAGAAAGCAACCAGAGGUGGUUCAGAAGUGUAUUCCUUUCUUAAUCAGACAUUUGAAGGACUCAAGCCAUAGUGAUGUCAUCCUAAACAUCCUCAUAGAGAUUGCAGGCUAUGAACCAGUGGCUCUGAACAGUUUCCUUCCGAUGCUGAGAGAGAUUGGUGAGAGAUUCCCCUACCUCAUUGGACAGAUGGCCAGAAUUUAUGGAGCUGUUGGGCAUGUGGAUGAAGAGAGAGCCAGGAGCUGCCUGCCAUUUCUGGUGAGUCAGCUGGCCAACAUGGAGCACUCCUUUCACCAUAUUCUCCUGCUGGAGAUUAAGAGCAUCACAGACACAUUCUCCUCCCUCCUGGGCCCUCAGAGCAGAGACAUCUUCCGCAUGAGCAACAGCUUCACUGCCAUUGCCAAGCUCCUUACCCGACAACUGGAAACCACCAAACCCCAAAGUGGCAGGAGAAAAAUCAGCACUGAAAUUGAAUUCCCUGAGAAGUUAGAAGAAACCAAGCUCACCGCAGCUGAAAAUGAAGACCAAAAAAAGCUCCAUGUUAAAAUACAGGCUUUUGAAGACAAAAUAAAUGCUGAGAUCAAUACCCCUGGAUCUAUCAGAAGAUAUAGUUUGGGACAAGUUUCCAAGGAAGAAAGAAAAGACAUUAGAUUUAACAGGUCAAAGAGUCUGGCUUUGCACACUGUGCUAACAAAGGGCAUGAGUUCAGAUGAUGGGGAAGUUGUUGAAAGAGGAGAUAUACCAGCCAGCAUCUCCCUUUCAGAAAUAGACUCACUUAGCCAAGGAAAUAAGUCACCCUUUAAGGCGGACACUGAUGGAUCACAGCUGGGAAAUUCUUCAGUUUCACACCCAAGCAUUAUACAUAUAGAAUCAGAGAAUCUGCCAGAAACAGUAAAAAAAAACUAUCAGGAAGAAACUCCAGAGACGACUGUAAGUCCUGUAGAAUACCAAGAUAAGCUCUACUUGCACUUAAAGAAGAACCUCAGUAAAGUGAAAGCAUACGCCGUGGAAAUCGGAAAGAAGAUUCCAGUCCCUGACCAGUGUACCAUUGAAGAUUCUGUUAGAAGUUGUGUAGCCAAGUUGUUCUUCACCUGCUCCCUGAAGGGCCAUUACUGCCUGUACAGUAAAUCCAGUUUUAUUCUCAUCAGCCAAGAACCUCAGCCGUGGAUCCAGAUCAUGUUUCUGUUUCAGCAGAGCCUAUUUCCGGAGCCCCUGUCCAUCCAGAGCCGUUCUGUGCAAUUUCUCAGAUCUCUGUGGGAGAAGACCCAGGCAGAGGGUGCUCACAGCUUUGAAACAGCCAUGCUGGAGUCCACAUUUCCACAGCAGAAGGAUCUGGACCAGGUACAGCUCCAUCUGGAAGAAGUGAGGUUCUUUGACGUGUUUGGCUUCAGCGAAGCAGCGGGAGCAUGGCAAUGCUUCAUGUGCAACAACCCUGAAAAAGCAGCCGUUGUAAAUCAAGACGGCCAGCCUCUCAUAGAAGGGAAACUUAAAGAGAAGCAAGUCAGAUGGAAGUUCAUCAAAAGGUGGAAAACCCGUUACUUCACACUGGCUGGAAACCAACUUCUGUUUCAAAAAGGAAAGUCUAAAGACGAUCCUGAUGACUCACCAAUAGAACUCAGCAAAGUACAGAGCGUGAAGGUUGUGGCCAGAAAACGCAGGGACCGCUCUCUCCCUCGGGCUUUUGAAAUCUUCACAGACAAUAAAACCUAUGUUUUCAAGGCCAAGGAUGAGAAGAACGCAGAAGAGUGGCUCCAGUGCAUCAAUGUGGCAGUUGCCCAAGCAAAAGAGAGAGAAAGUCGAGAGGUGACCACAUAUCUGUAGGGACUCGCAAGCCGACCUCACACUGACUGUGUACAAUGGCAUUAUCACUGCCAAUGUAAAAAAAAAGAUAAAUUCGCAGAGUCAUGUGUUUUUUACUAAAUACCAGUGGAACAGUUUUUCCUCAGAAGCAGUACCCAAAAGCGGCAGGAUUCCUAGCACAUCUUACAUCCUAAUGGCAUUUGCAUUAACUUCAGGACAUUU